GAGUACCACUAUUUGAAGAAAGCGCCGAAUGUCACGUGACGGAGACAUUCACGUGCUCGUGACGUCACCCACGGCUUUCUAGGUUUGGUUGUGUUUAGUGAUUGUAUUGCAGCUGGACUGAGUGGGCCUUGCACGCGCAGCUAUGGAGAGGAGUCCGGGCUCCUGGAAUAAAAACAUUUUGGAUUAUUUACUGGAGAAAAACCGAAUAAAAUCCAGAGAUGGAGCGGAAGUCACAUGGUGCCAUGCAGUUAACAGCAAGAGCAAGCUAAAUGAAGCUAUACAGAGUGAAGCUCACAUGAUAGAGGCUGAUGUUCUGCUCCGAGAAAGCAAAGGACCAAUAAUGGCACACCCCCCUGAAACAGACAGUGACAUAACUCUGCAAGAGUGGUUGAAUGAUGUCUCUUCAUGUGAAAAAGGCAUCAAGCUCGAUUUCAAAUGCUGUAAAGUGAAUACUCAGAAGUCAUUAACAAACACUUUCCCAGAUGAAUCAAAAGAAGACCAAUCUACCGAAGCUGUCCUGCCAUCAUUGCAGAUCCUGGCAGCUAUGAAGGCCACAGUUAAACAACCUGUUUGGAUUAAUGCCGACAUACUUCCAGGACCUGGUGGAAAGGCCAAAGCAGUGGACGCAAAGGAGUUUAUACGCACAGUAAUGUUGUAUUUCCCUGAUGUUACAUUAUCUUUGGGCUGGACCACUGGAUGGAAUCCUGGGCAAGACAAUGAAGGCUAUUCAUGGGAGAUGGUGCAGGAAAUGGAGAAAAUCUGUAAAGGGCUGAGCCAACCUGUGACAUUCCCUGUGCGGGCAGCACUGCUUCGUCAGUCUUGGCCUCAGUUUCAGUGGCUGUUAAAGACAGCAGACAGGUUUAGCCUGACAGUCUGGGCUGGAAAAGAUGACACGUAUCCUGUGGAAGACUUGCUGUUUAUCAGAGAUAAUUCUGAAAAGUGCAGAAUUUACUAUGAUCUCUUUGAGCCACAAAACAGCCAAUUUAAACGUGCUAUAGACUAAUCAAGGGGGUAGCAAAUUACCUUGGAUUAGGUAUGAACCUUCUAAAUUGUGUCUUAGUUACUUUAUCUUUAUAAUAUUUGUCUAUGUAUAGGUAUGUGCCAAUAGUAGGGGUGCAUGAAUUCGGGAUUCGUCCUUUUUCAGCAGGAUUCAGAUUCGGCCAAAUCCAAUUAACUGGCCGAACCUAAUCUGUAUCCUUAAGAUCACGUGACUUUUCAUCACGCAAACAAGGAAGUGACGAUUUUUUUACAGUGUGGUUGUUUUUAACCCUGUCAGGCACAAAUUUGCAUAUGCAAAUUAGGGUUUGGCUUCAGUUUGGGAAUUGGACAAAUCUUUCAUGGUGGAUAUGGGAUUCGGCAGAAUCCCCAAAUAGUCGAUUCAGUGCACCCCUGGCCGAUAGUUCUGCUUGUUCUUAUUUAUGUUAUACUGAGCGGGAGAAACAAGGAAGUUAAACACUACCUAACAAGCAAGACUUAAAAAUAAACAUAGUACUUUAAAAUGUCAGUAAAAAAUUAUUUCACAUGGAAAGGAGUUUUUUUUUUAUAGUAAACACUGUUUUACAUA